ACUCUUUGGUUAUAGGCCAUAGCCGACAUUUUGCUACUUAAUAACUUGAAUUGGUAUUUCCUGUUGUGUUCAGUUCAAGUGGAUAUAUGACAUUUACGCGACUCGCGAGUAUGAAGUAGCAUUUACAACGGAUUUUAUACUUAUCAUAACACAUUAAAGAAGUAUAAAAGACGCGUGGUGAACCCUAAUAAACUUCAAUUUUAUUCCACUCUGACUACUCAUCAAUUGAACUUUCAAAGAAUGAUAUUUAAUAUCUAACGUCGAUACUGAACAUUCCAGAUUAAAAAUGUCGUCAAAAAUCAGUGGAACUAAUAAUUUCAAGGUAGUAUUACUAGGCGAGGGUUGCGUCGGUAAGACGUCUAUAUUACUGCGAUAUAUUGAAGAUAAAUUUAACGAUAAACACUUAAGUACACUUCAGGCAACAUUUCUAAACAAAAAAUUGAACAUAAAUAAUAAGCGAAUAAAUCUAUCCAUAUGGGAUACCGCUGGGCAAGAACGCUUCCAUGCAUUGGGUCCAAUAUACUAUCGCCACUCCCAUGGUGCUGUUCUUGUAUAUGAUAUAACUGAUGACCACUCCUUUGCCAAGGUUCAAAACUGGGUUAAAGAGCUUAAGAAAAUGCUUGGUUCAGACAUUGUGCUUGUAAUAGCUGGAAACAAAAUAGACUUAGAACAUGAAAGAACAGUCUCUUUGGAGGAAGCUGAAAGAUACGCCGAGCUGGUAGGUGCCAAGCACUUCCACACUUCGGCUAAGCUGAACCGAGGAGUGGAGGAAUUGUUUUUGGAGCUCAGCCGUGCGAUGCUCGAGCGCAGCGAACGCGCUCCGACGACCCCUGUGCCCCGCGCUUUAGCACUUGCCGAAGAUGACGAAACGGCAUCUUCUUCCACCUGUUGCUGGACCACACCUUCGACCGGAUAGUUGUCUUAUUGUAUGUCGCUUGCGUAGCCCUGGACUGGUCAAGACAAUAACCGGCGAGAAAACUUUUAUAUCGUGUCUUAUCUCAUUUUAAUAUAAAAGUGAAAUCUGCUAAAUGCUUUACAAGUAUCAGGCAAGUGAUUUGUCAAAAUCAACCAAACGAAAAUAUUUUUUUUUAUUUUAACUUUUUUCUGAUAAAGUUCUGAAACAUUAUAUAAGUGAUAACGAAUAAAAAUAUUUUAAUAUUAGUAGCUUUAAAUAUGUAUAAUUACCUUGUUUAUUUUCUGUACAUAACACAGAACAGAUUUAUUCCAAUGUAAUUGUCUGUAAAGCUUAUAUAAUUAUAUUCGUGUUUCAGGACAAAUAAUUUUAAUACUGAUAUACACAAUAUUAUAUACUAUCUUUAAUUAGCUUUAGUGAUGCAAAAUUUUGUUUAUAAAUUAAAAAAAGCUCUGCAAAAUACUUAUAUUUCACAAAGGAGAAAAUUAAAUGCCACUUGAUAAAUACUAAUACGACAAUUUGGCUUAGGAAUACGCGUUGGAAGAAAUCACCGAGUUUCUGAUGUUCUUUUAUUUGAGCAAUGUCUGUUUCGGUGAAAAUUAUAUUUCCAAAAACAUUUAUGUCAAAAUAUCAUAUGCAUAUAAUAAUAUGUAAAAGAUUUCAGUAUUUAAGGUUACUUUUCAUUUCAAUCUUAAAGAAUUGAUUCGUUUCUAACUAAUAGAUGGCUAGGCCCUACCUACUUUUACAUUUAUGGCAUACAGAUCAAAAUUAUUAAUUCUCGCGUGUUUUUCAUACUUUAUAAAUGUAUAAUAAAAUGUAUAUAAUUAGUCUUAUAGUUGUUAUAACUUAUUAUUAGUCUAUAUUUUAUAAAAGAUUCGACUCGAUCGUAGACGACUGGAUGGAGAUCACUUCUCGGUCGAUGGGUCGACCGGAACUUUCUAUUGUGAUUAAAUAUACCUAUUUACAUAAUUCCAUUAUGAGUAAAUAUCUGGAAUAUUCAUUCUGUAAAUUUAUAAUUGCAAUGUUUCAAUCGAGGUUAGAAAAUUGUCACACGAAACAACCUAAACUUUAACAUAUUAAUUUAUCUAUUGAUCUUUGCAGUUCUGGACUCUUGUAAAAAUAUCUCCAUUAAAACCGCUAUUAUUA